AUGGAUGAAGUUCAGUUUUUGGGGCACGUGAUAUCUGCACAGGGCAUUGCAAUGGACCCAACGAAAGUUAAGGCAGUAGUUAAAUGGGAAAGUCCCAAGUCUGCGACAGAGAUAAGAAGCUUCGUGGGGUUAGUUGGCUACUAUAGGAAAUUCAUAGAGGGAUUCUCCAAGAUAGUGGCGCCCAUGACACAACUCACUCGGAAAGAUCAACCCUUCACUUGGAUGGAUAAGUGUGAGGAGUGCUUUCAAGAGCUUAAGCGGAGACUGACUAGUGCUCCGAUACUAGUGAUCCCGGAUGUGGGGAAGCCGUUUGAGGUCUAUUGUAAUGCAUCCCAUCUCGGACUUGGCUGCGUGUUAAUGCAGGAAAAGAAGGUGGUGGCCUAUGACUCAAGCUAA